GACACAUCUCUCUAUCUACUACACAUGACAUGAUCUCUUGUAAGAAUCGCAUUAUUCCCUCUUCUUCUUCAUCUCACAGAUCUCUUCCUCUGAUACUCAAUUUUCCCCUCUCUCUCUCACAAGUCACAACCUUUGGCCUCAAAACCCUAAAACUUUCUGUUUCUGGAGGCUGCUUCACCUGAUUAGAUCUGUUUUUCGUAAGUGGGUCUUCCAAAGUCUUCUCCUUUUGAUCUACUCUCAGUUCUAUAAAAUGGAAAGAGAGAAAUCUCCAGCACCUAGUGGAGGCCUCCCACCUCCAUCUCCCACUCCCAUCAAUCACUCCUCAGAUGCUAACCGGUUAAGCCACGAUAUGAGCCGUAUGCUCGAACACCCUCCUAAGAAGAUUGGCCACCGUCGAGCUCACUCCGAGAUCCUAACUCUCCCUGAUGAUCUGAGCUUUGAUAGUGACCUCGGCGUGGUUGGUGCUAACGCUGCUGAUGGAGCUUCUUUCUCUGAUGACACUGAAGAAGACUUGCUCUCUAUGUAUCUCGAUAUGGAUAAGUUCAAUUCUUCUACUGCUACUUCCUCGGCCGCCGCUCAAGUGGGUGAGCUGUCUUGGAGAAAUGAGUCUGUGGGGAUGCAUACAGGGUUGACUUCUAAUCCUCCUCGAGUCAGGCACCAGCACAGUCACUCUAUGGAUGGGUCGUUGAACAUCAGUGAGAUGCUUGUGUCGGGAGAGGGUGAUGAUUCUGUGGUUGAUGCUAAGAAGUCCAUGUCUGCUGCUAAACUCGCUGAGCUUGCUCUCAUCGAUCCUAAACGUGCUAAGAGGAUAUGGGCAAAUAGGCAGUCCGCGGCGAGGUCGAAAGAAAGGAAGACGAGAUAUAUAUUUGAGCUUGAGAGAAAAGUACAGACUUUGCAGACAGAAGCUACAACUCUCUCAGCCCAGUUGACUCUCUUACAGAGAGACACGAAUGGUUUGACUGUUGAAAACAAUGAGCUGAAACUGCGGUUGCAAACAAUGGAGCAGCAAGUUCACUUGCAGGAUGAACUAAACGAAGCACUUAAGGAGGAGAUCCAGCAUCUGAAGGUGUUGACUGGCCAAGCUGCCUCAAACGGUGCAUCAUCAGCGAUGAACUUUGGGUCGUUUGGACAACAACAACAACAACAACAACAGUUCUAUUCCAACAAUCAGUCAAUGCAGACAAUCUUAGCCGCACAACAGCUCCAGCAGCUGCAGCUUCAUUCACAGAAACAGCAGCAACACCAACAACAGCAGCAACAGAGCAGUUUCAGUUUCAACAGCAACAGAUACAACAGCUUAUGCAACACCGUCUUCGACAGCAGGAACAACAAAAUGGGAAGCAGAAGCCAUUUAACGGCCAGAAUGAGAGCUGAUGAGCACGAAUACAAAUACUAUGUAAUGAUGAGAGGGUACUGGCGUUGUGUACUAACCAGAAGCCUUUUCGUACAUCACUGUUCAAUACAUUUGAAUAGCCCAAAGAAACAUUAUGAGUUGUUUAGAUUUUGUUAUUGAGACUCUGUCUCCUGUCUUAGUACACAUUCAAAUGCUAAUUUGUUGUUAUAAAUCAUCAUAAAAUAUAACCGUUAUUGCCAACACCAUGCUUGAUAUUUAUUUAUAUAUUUUUUUGAUGUUUA